UGGAUUCAGCUGCCCUGCCGCCGCUUCUCCUCAGGGCAGCAGCAGUGAUGCAGGCGCUGCCUCUAUAUAAGACCCUCCAAGAUGCUUCCACCAUCAUCAUCAUCAUCAUCAUCAUCGCCUUUGACUGCACCUCACACCUUCUGCUCCAGAGCCCCACUUUUACGGUAGCGACUGUUUGAUUCUGUCUGUCUGUGGCGCUUUUUGCGAUGUCCGGAUUCCAGCAGAAGUUUGAGGAAGCGGAGCGCCGCAGCGCACAGGACGCGCGGCGCAGCCACAGUCUCCAGGACUGACUCCGGAGGGAAGUUUUUGAACAUGGGGAAAGGAGAGCAAGCGGGAUUUUCUACCCUUUAAGGCGUCACAUCCCCGGGCGUGGACAAUGGACACCCUGAGCCUGUCAGUGAACGCGGUCUCCUCCACCGUGGCAGCGGAGAUCCCCACCACCGACGACCCGUUCAGCGGACCCAUCAAGAACAUCGCGCCGUGGAACUUCACCGUCCUGGCCGUUGUCAUGUUCGUGGUCACCUCGCUGUCUCUGACCGAAAAUUUCCUGGUCAUGUUUGUCACUUUCAAGUUCAAGCAGCUCAGACAGCCGCUGAACUACAUCAUAGUUAAUCUGGCCAUCGCGGACUUUCUGGUGUCCCUCACCGGCGGACUGAUAAGUUUCCUGACAAACGCCCGGGGCUACUUCUUCCUGGGGAGGUGGGCUUGUGUCUUGGAGGGCUUUGCCGUCACUUUCUUUGGGAUCGUGGCCCUGUGGUCCUUGGCCGUCCUGUCCUUUGAGCGCUUCUUUGUGAUCUGUCGGCCGCUGGGGAACAUUAGAUUGCAAGCCAAGCAUGCCAUCCUGGGCCUGCUGUUCGUGUGGACGUUUUCCUUCAUCUGGACCUUCCCUCCUGUUCUGGGCUGGAACAGAUACACUGUGAGCAAGAUCGGAACCACCUGCGAGCCCGACUGGUAUUCAACCAACAUAACAGACCACAGUUAUAUCAUCACUUUCUUCACCACUUGUUUCAUUUUACCACUUGGAGUGAUUUUCUUCUGCUAUGGGAAGCUCCUCAGGAAGCUCAGAAAGGUAUCUCAUGGCCGUCUGGCAACUGCCAGAAAGCCCGAGCGGCAGGUGACCCGUAUGGUUGUGGUGAUGAUUGUGGCGUUCAUGGUGGGUUGGACCCCUUACGCAGCCUUCUCCAUACUGGUCACAGCUUAUCCCACUAUUGAGCUUGACCCAAGGGCGGCUGCCAUCCCGGCUUUCUUCUCCAAAACAGCCGCCGUUUACAAUCCAAUCAUCUACGUCUUUAUGAACAAACAGUUCAGGAAAUGCCUGAUCCAGCAUUUUACCGGCAUGGGAACCAUCCCAGAAAGCAACAUGAAUCAGACCACAGAACGACCCGGAAUUACUGCCGAGAGUCACACGGGGGAAAUGUCUGCCAUCGCAGCCCGCAUCCCUGUAGGCGGCACCGUGUCUCCCAGAUCCGAUGACUCUCCAACUGACUGUGGCUCCUUUGCUCAGCUUCCCAUCCCAGAGAACAAAGUGUGCCCAUUGUAACUGCAAGCCUUCUUCCAUUAGGUGUCAUUUUUCCUCCCUAAGAGUGAAUAUUACCAGUCUGUCAUCCAGCUACAGUGUGCUUCAGAAACUCUGCGGACUCUAAGAGAAGUUCAGAUAAUUAGUCAAUGUCUUGGCUAUACUUUGAGGGCACUGGGCACUUUUGAAGAACCUUCAUUGUUCUCUGGAACUGUGGAAAAGUUUUGUGCUUUAGCCUGUUUUGGUAGUUCGUUAUAUUUUGUUUAAAAUAGGGCCAGAAAAUAGCAGUAACAGAUAUAUUCAGCCUUUGCCCAGUAGGCCACUUGUAAAUACUGAAUACUCCUUUCUCUUCUUCUUUUUCUCCUUGUCCCUGACGCACUUCCUGUUUAUGAAUCACAUCAGAGGGCACUUCAAUUCAACUUCAUAGUGCCUGCCUUUAAAUCUCAGUGUAGCAGUGGAUUGAAAAAUCUCGACAUCAGUAAGUUAAGGAAUGGUCAGCGUAUUUCAAAAACCACAGUGCAUCCAGGCUUUCAUCUUGUCCUUGCCCUCUCCUUUGAAGCCCCUUGAUAGCGUCUGCAUAGAAAAUGUUGAUUUCCUAUGCUGUUUUCAGUGUUUGCUUUGGCAGCAAGCUUCAGUCAGCUUUUUGUGUCAAAAGCACGAAGCAGUCUUUGAAUUGGGAGUUCUUCUCUUUUUUUAUUUUAGUGUUUAUUGCACAGACUAGUUUGGGCCAAGGCUUUCAUCUUUAUUGAGUAUGGUCGAGUUGUCUCACCAGUCUGCCACUGUUUCUUUUGCAGUUUUAGAGUCUGCUAGCAAGAGAUUAGGAAAUAUGCAACACUGCAUAUGAACAGCACUUGUCUAACAAGAAGCUCUAAAAACUUACUGGCCACUUUAGUACGGACAACUGCUCAUUUGUUUAUUGUUAGAAAAUAAUGUAAUGCAAAAAUAUUUCUACUGCAGCAGACGUGCCUAUUUUCUGGACACAUUGCUCCAGAAAAUAGGCCAGAUACUCUGUACUCCAGAUACUCCAGAGUAUCUGCAGGUUCCAGCAGUUCAAAUUUAAGACUUUUUAAAUGCUGCUUUGAAAGAAAUAUUACAUAAAUGCCACUUUGAAUAAAAUUUAAGACAAAAAAAAAAACUAUAAAUAUAUGGGAUGGUCCGGGAAUCCUGCUGAAUUACAAUCAAGCAUAGCAAAAUGUUUUACAUUUCUAGGGUCUUUUUGUAGCUCUUGGCAGCAUCUUUGUGCUUCUUGUCCUCACAAUGCAAAUGUGUUUUUUCACAGAAUGCACCUAGCCUCGUAUGGGUUCGCAGCAGAAGUAACCCAGAAGCCGACCGGCGAUAAAUUUUACGCUUAAAGGGUUCGACACAGGCAGAUCGACGCCACUCCCUUUCCAUUCAUUUUCUAUGAAAUGUAUACAAUGAGGGGACAGUCGCUUGCCCAGUCAAGCAACUGAUGACAUGCAUGUGAAAUUUUGCUCAUAAAUGUAGAGGUGACAAGAUGAAAGAUUUUCAACUUUUGUCACGGUUGUCACUAUUGCUAUUGUUAGAUUUCACCCCAUCAUUUGUCGCUCCCAUCACCUGAAAUAUAAAAGGCUAGUUAGCUAGCAAGGGUGUAUUAGCAGCUAGUUAGCGGUAGCCUCAAUCCAAACUGAUUGCUACAAAACAAAAUGAAGAUGUCGACGCACAACUAAAACUUCUGCAAUAUGGAAAGUCAAACAAAAAACAAUUCAUAUGAGAAUAUACAAAAGGAAAUAGUCCUGUCAUGACAUAAUUUAAGGCUUGAGAUAGACAUAUCUAAAGCCAGCUUGUAAAUUUAAGAUUUUUUAGGACCUUAAUUUUAGAUGCAUGAAUUUAGGACUUUUUAAGAAUGCACAGACACCUAUUACCAACUGAGUGUUGUACAAAUACUUUAGCCUUCCUGACUAUUGUUGCUCAGCAUGUCCAUUCCUUCAUGAUCCACUUGUAUCCAACAUCUGGCAUCUCCUUCUCCCAGGUAACAAAGCUCAAAUCAUUCUUAGACAAGACCGUUUUUUCACUGUACUCCAAUGUUCUCUGCAGUCACUGAAUCACAGUCCAACACAACUCCUUUUGGAUAUCGAGCUGACAAAUCUACAACAUGUCUGAUGCCAAAAUCUCAUAAGUGUUGACAAUACCUUGCUAAAUGUAUGUCAAAUGUAAUAAAGACGAUUCUAAGGGACAAACUGGAUCAAACCCACUAUUAGCACAAUGUUCCCUGAAUGUUGGGAAACCAGGUUGCUAAGUGUAGUCACUGUGACAAAAAUGCAGUGGACUAGAGUUGCUUUGAUAAUUAGCCAUAAUUUCUAUGUUAAGCAAAAAUCAAAAGCAAUACCGAAGUCAAAUGAUGUCCAACGAACUAGCACCGAAGCUUUAGCUACAACAGGUGUAGCAGAGAGUGUUGCUAAUUGCUGGACUUUGUGUUGCAUGUUUGUUCACUGUUAUUUGGUAUAUGUCAAUCACUGUUAUCUGCUGCACAAUGAUACUCUAUGUAUGAACAAUAUAACAUUAUGGUGUCUGUGUGUCCCAGUCAUGUCAGGCAGUUCUAUUCAAAAUCACAUCAUGAGGGUGUGUACAUCUGUGCUAUAUUUAUUGUGUUACAUUAAUGUAAUCAUAACAGUAUGAGGCCAUGGUGAUCACAAAUGCUAAGUUUGGUGACAUCCUUCAAUAAUAUUACUACAGUAUGCAUCUCUUUUGAAAUGGGUAAAAGUGGUUUUAAAUUAUCCAAACAACGUUUAACUAAUGUAAAUGAUCUUUGUUUGCAUGGGUGAAAUGAACUUGCUCCUUUGGGUGUUUCAGAGUAGAGUCACUUACUCCUGUGUAUCGACAGGAGUCAGUAGGCUGAAUCUUGGCUUUAGAAUGCUACAUCUUCUUAGAGAAACCAGUUAGACCACCAGAAAUGUUGUACUGUUCACAUAAAAUGUCAAAUUUGUAUUCUAAAUGUGCUGUUUGCAUCAUUGUUUUUCAAUCUCAAAUUACAGUUUGCUCAUGCUGUUUGUUGAUUCUCUCCUUU